AUGAGUACUGAAGCAGAACAGCAGCUUCUCCAUGAUGCUAGAAAUGGAAAUGCUGAAGAAGUUAAACAGCUGUUGAAUACCAUGAACAAAGGAGAAAUAAGCUUUGAUAUCAACUGUAAAGGCAGAAGUAAAUCUAAUAUGGGUUGGACACCUCUUCACCUUGCGUGCUACUUCGGACAUGCUGUUGUGGUAGAGGAUUUGCUGAAGGCUGGUGCAGAUGUGAAUGUGCUGAAUGACAUGGGGGACACUCCACUUCAUCGUGCAGCUUUCACAGGACGUAAGGAGGUGGUGAUGUUACUCUUGCAGUGUAAUGCUGAUACUUCUAUUGUUAAUGGGAGCGGAGAGACUGCAAAAGAAGUUACUCAUGAUAAAGACAUAAGGAAUAUGUUGGAAGCAGUGGAAAGGACACAAGAAAGGAAACUGGAAGAAGAACUCUUAGGAGCAGCAAGAGAGGGGGAAACGGGGAAGCUGACUGCCUUGUUGAACAAGCCCAAACCACCUGAUAUCAACUGUACAGAUCAGAUGGGGAACACACCGUUGCAUUGUGCAGCAUACCGUGCCCAUAAGCACUGUGCAUUGAAACUUCUGAAAAAUGGAGCAGAUCCUAAAAUAAGAAACAAAAAUGAUCAGACACCCCUUGAUCUAGCCCAAGGUGCAGAAAUGAAACUGAUACUGGCAGGUAAAACUGGAAAGGUUAUGAACAAACCCCUGAGACGAUACGAAGGUCUCCUAUGGAAGAGCUCACGAUUUUUUGGUUGGAAACUCUACUGGAUAGUUCUAGAACAUGGAGUCCUUUCUUGGUAUCGGAGACAAGCUGAUGCGGUAAAUAAUGAUCAUCGUCAGGGAUGCAAGCAUCUAACACAAGCUGUCUGCACGGUAAAAUCUACAGACAGUUGCUUCUUUUCUGUCAGAUGUUUUGAUGACACAGUUCAUCGUUUCAAGAUUCCUAAAAAUAGCCUUCCUUCUCAAACAAGAGAGAGUUGGCUGGAAGCAAUAGAAGACCACUCUGCAUAUAGCACUCAUUAUUGCACACAGGAACAGUUGAGUAGUGAUGAUGAGGAAGAUGAUACGGUAUCUGUUACAGACCUACAGGAUACUCUGAAAAAAGCGCAAGCAUGCCAACAAAGACUCAGUAAAGAGAUUUCAGACUUUCUUGCAAUGGUUAAAUCUUUGGAUGCUACAAAAGGAAUAUCUUCUCCCCUCCUGCAAAAAGUUGAUGUGGUCUCUGAAGUAUCCCAGGAAACAUGUGAGGCCCUGGCUGACUGCCUCAACCUAUUCACAAAGCAAGAAGGGGUGAGGAAUUUGAAACUGGAGCAUGAGCAGGAGAAAAACAAGAUCUUGUCAGAAGCAUUAGAGACGCUGGCUACCGAACACCAUGAACUAGAGCAGUCUCUGGUUAAGGGAUCUCCGCCUCUCAGCAUCAUCAGUGAAGAGCAGUUCUAUGAUGCUGUUUCAGAUUCAGAAUCUGAAAAAUCAUUAAGUGGGUUUGAAACAACAGCAGCCUACUCAUUAGAGGACAGCAUGGAUUCGAAAGAUACAAUAACUUCAAGCAUGUCUGAAGAGAAGGUUUGUGGCAGUGGGGAGUCGCUGUCUAACGGAAUCAAAAAACACAGAACAAGCUUGCCAUCUCCGAUGUUUUCCAGAAAUGACUUCAGUAUCUGGAGUAUCUUAAGAAAAUGCAUUGGAAUGGAGUUGUCGAAGAUCACAAUGCCCGUUAUAUUCAAUGAGCCACUGAGCUUUCUACAGCGACUUACAGAAUAUAUGGAGCACACAUACCUCAUCCACAAAGCCAGCUCACUUUCCAGCACAACUGAGCGAAUGCAGUGUGUUGCUGCAUUUGCUGUGUCUGCUGUAGCCUCACAGUGGGAACGUACAGGGAAGCCGUUCAACCCAUUGCUUGGAGAGACAUAUGAAUUGAUCAGGGAUGAUCUUGGAUUUAGACUUCUCUCAGAGCAAGUUAGCCAUCAUCCACCAAUCAGUGCUUUCUAUGCUGAAGGUUUAAAUAAUGAUUUUGUGUUUCAUGGGUCAAUUUAUCCUAAACUCAAAUUCUGGGGCAAGAGCGUGGAAGCAGAACCAAAAGGCACAAUGACUUUGGAGCUUCUUGAACACAAUGAAGCCUACACGUGGACAAAUCCUACGUGCUGUGUGCAUAACAUUAUUGUGGGCAAACUUUGGAUUGAGCAGUAUGGAAAUGUGGAAAUAACUAACCAUAAAACUGGUGAGAAGUGUGUACUAAGCUUCAAGCCCUGCGGCCUCUUUGGGAAGGAGUUGCACAAAGUUGAAGGCUACAUUCAGGACAAAAGCAAAAAGAAACUUUGUGCGCUGUAUGGGAAGUGGACUGAGUGUUUGUACAGUGUUGACCCAGCUACGUUCGAAGCUUACAAAAAAAAUGACAAGAAGAAUGCAGAAGAGAAGAAAAGCGGUAAACAGGUGGGCAAUACUGAGGAACCAGAUGAGAUGCCGUUGCCAGAUUCUGAGAGUGUCUAUGUUAUUCCUGGAAGUAUUUUGCUAUGGAAGAUAACUCCAAGACCUCCAAAUUCAGCACAGAUGUAUAAUUUUACUAGCUUUGCUAUGGCUUUGAAUGAGUUGGACAAAGAUAUGGAGAGUGUCAUUCCCAAAACUGACUGCCGGCUAAGACCAGAUAUCAGAGCCAUGGAAAAUGGAGAAAUAGAUCUAGCUAGCGAAGAAAAGAAGAGGCUAGAAGAAAAACAAAGGACUGCCCGCAAAAAUCGUUCAAAGUCAGAGGAAGACUGGAAGACAAGAUGGUUCCACCAAGGCCCCAAUCCCUAUACUGGUACGCAGGACUGGCUUUAUUCCGGCAACUACUGGGACAGAAACUACUUUAACUUGCCUGAUAUUUAUUAAAAUGCAAUAAGGAGCCUGUGACUGA